AGAUCUGGCCCCUCCAUAUCAGAGAUCCUAAAGGGAGAAGACAAGCUGAGCUCCAGGAACCAGAACUUGGGGAUCCUUGGCUCAGGUCCUGCCCUUCAUCCCAGGCUCCUGUUGAGUCAUUUCAUCACGUUAAAAAUGUCAUUUUUGGAGGACUCAGGAAUGAAGAUGGAAUCUGAAGACUGGGAAAGAGAUGAGCCCCAUGGCUGCUCAGAAGACUUGGCCAGAAGUCCCCUGGAGCCAGGCCCAAGCUUCACUUCCAUAAGCUCUACCCACUCAUGCCCAAAAGUGAAAGUCUCAGACCCAGAGAAAUUCAGCAUUCAUGACCAAGAUCACAAAGUAUUGGUCCUGGACUCCGACACCCUCAGAGCAGUUCCAUUUAAAACCUACAUACGCCCAGAGAUGUUCUUUGUAUUAGCCUCCUCCCUGAGCUCAGCCUCUAAGGAGAAAGGAAGUCCAAUUCUUUUGGCAGUCUGUAAAGGAGAGCUUUGUCUCUGCUGUGAGAAGAACAAAAGACAAAGCCAACCAUCUCUUCAGCUGAAGAAGAAGAAACUUACCAACCUGGCUGCCCAGAAGGAAUCAGCACGUCAGCCCUUCAUCUUUUAUAGGACUAAGGUGGGCUCCCAGAACAGAUUGGAGUCAGCUGCCCAUCCUGGAUGGUUUAUUUGUACCUCCUGCAAUUCUGGUGAACCUGUUGGAGUGACAAAUGUUCUUGGAAAAAGGAAACACACUGAGUUUUCAUUUCACAGAGCUGAAACAAGUCCCAGUGAGGUUAGCGGGUAGGAAAUUGCCCCAUCAAAUGCCUUCUUGUGCUUUCCUUUCUAACUCAGACCAAUUAUAGAAGGAUACAGAAUAUACUUGCUAAGCUCUUUCAUCUCUCAUCAGUACUUUGAGAAUUUGUGUCUUUAGGUCAUUGAAAGAAGGAUUAAUUAAAGAGUUUUAGAUGAAAUAAAAUUCUGGUUGGAAUGA